CGCUAAUGGAGAAUAUACAGUCAAUGGAGUUCAGACAUGGAAGGCAGCUUGUUCUUUCAGCUUUAAUACCUUUGGUUAAACGUUGUCUUAUGGAAAUGUGGGAGGCCUGGCUGGAAAAUGUCUUGCAUCCAUUAUUUAUCCAUGCACAGCAAGCUCUUACCUUUUCUUGGUCCAGUCUCUUGAAUGAGGGUAAAGCCAAGGUCCCAGAUUUCCUUGGCAUCCUUGCUGGGGCAGACUUUUUUCUUUUGAAGCAGAACAGCUUGGCUGUUCUGGCAUUUCUGAUUUGUUUAGAAGCUUUCACAUGGACAGAUGGUGAAGCAGUGACAACAGUUUCAUCCUUCUGUGCUAUUGAUUCAGCUGUAGAUGCUCCAGAAACCGGAAUUGAUGAGGGGGGUACUAUAAGAUUGGCAGCCACCGGGAUGGGGUCCGGCACCACCAGGAAAUGCCAGACUGCUUUAAGCCCUGAAAUCAUAGCUAGGGAAAGUUCUGGUUUACGGUUAGGAGAGUUCAUCCGAGUUAAUUUAAGUUAA